UAAUGGCUACUUGAAAUUUUGACAUUUCGCCGUGCACUGAUUUCGAAUACGAAAAAUUACGUUUUUCGCGUAUUUUUCUUGUUAUUUUUGAAUGAAAACCAAACGUAAUUUUCGUUUUCAUUAAUUAUAUCGAAGAUGAUUUAGAGAUGUGAAUUUUAGUUGUAUCUCUGAAGAAAAUCCACCAUAACUAUUCAAGCGAAAGAUUAAUUUGUUGCUUCGUUUGUUUUUCUAAUUAAAAAACUAUGAGUGCCCUGAGGGAUUGUGCUUUUUGUUUUUUACAAUUUGUUUGUGGUUAGUGACCUUGUGUUAAGAAUCUCAAUGCAAAUUAUUUAGAAAUUAUUUAAUAUUUCACUAUGAAAGAACAUUAAUAAGUUUUUCUCAGAGAUUUAUAAGUGAGUGUGUUAAAAUGGUUACGAUGAAUUCAAAUGAGAAGACGGCUCAGAAGGCCUGUCAGCAGGGACCUUCCAAAGAGGUGGCAAAAUCAGGAAAAGAUGAUAAGGAAAAUGAGAAGAAAGAAAAGAAAGACAGAGAGAGCAUGAUAGCUAACAUGCCACCCAGUGUUCAAGCACUGAUGGCUACAGUACCUUCACCAGAAGAAUCGCCUAAUUAUCUGGCAUAUAAGAAGAUGGAAGCUAUCAUAGAGAAAAUGCAGGAUGAAAACACAGGGGUGCCUGUUCGUACUGUCAAGAGCUUUAUGAGUAAAAUACCAUCGGUUUUCACUGGCUCCGAACUGGUGGCAUGGUUGACCCGUCACCUCAAUCUGGAAGACGCGUGGGAGGCGUUGCACCUAUCUCAUCUAUUGGCGGCUCAUGGCUACUUAUUCCCUAUAGAUGAUCAUUGUCUGACGGUGAAAAAUGAUAAUACUUAUUAUAGGUUCCAAACGCCGUACUUUUGGCCAUCAAAUCAAUGGGAGCCUGAAAAUACAGAUUACGCGGUAUACCUCUGCAAGCGAACAAUGCAGAACAAGGCACGUUUAGAACUGGCUGAUUAUGAGGCAGAGUCAUUGGCACGGUUACAGAAGAUGUUCAGCAGGAAAUGGGAGUUUAUAUUCAUGCAGGCAGAGGCCCAGAGCAAAGUUGAUAAGAAAAGGGAUAAGUUGGAGAGGAAAGUUCUGGACAGUCAGGAGAGGGCGUUCUGGGAUCUUCAUAGACCUAUGCCCGGAUGUGUGAACACAACGGAAUUGGAUCCAAAGAAACUGUCAAGAAUUAACGCUUUAAAGGAGAAACGGCUUCAGCAAUGCAGAGAGCUCAUUACUCAGCACAAUUUGAAGAACAACCCAAUAGUAACGAUCACAAACCCUCAAGAAAGCGAAGAGGCCAUACAGAAGAAUUCUGAGGCCGUUAAGGAAAAUGGCGAAUCUUCCCACUCUGAACUGGCAACACUAGAGGGUGACACGCCGAGUAUUGAAGCACAGAUCGAAGCGGCUAAACGACAAGUUGCGGUGUUGAAGGCGCGACUCGAAAGACGAAAUGUGCGCGUCAGUAAGGUUGCAGAAAUAUUCAUAUCGUAUUGCGAGCAAUAUGCGGAGUACGACGCCUUCCUGACUCCACCGGAAUGGCCCAAUCCCUGGAUAAGCGAUACUACGGAACUGUGGGAUCAAGAGAAACAAUGUAAAGAACCACUUCCCCUUCGUCGCGUCAGACGCUGGUCGUUCAACCUUCGGGAACUGCUCCGGGAUCCUCCAGGGCGGGAGCACUUCGCCAAGUUUCUCAAUAAGGAAUUCAGUGGGGAAAAUCUCAAUUUCUGGUUGGCCGUGCAAGAGUUGAAGGCGCUCCCGAUAUGUCGCGUGGCCUCUCGGGCCCGGGACAUUUGGAAGGAGUUUCUCGACCCAAACGCACCUUCGCCCGUUAAUAUUGAUGCUGCGAGCAGGGAACUAACUCGUGUGAGAGUGGAGUCUGGAAAACCGGAUAGAUAUUGCUUUGAUCAAGCGCAGUCUCACGUGUACCAUUUAAUGAAGUCUGACAGCUAUUCAAGAUACCUUCGCUCGGAGAUGUAUAAGGAUAUAUUGAAUGGAUCAAAGAAAAAGACGUCCGUGAAAGGUAUACGAUCCAUCGUCUCAUUCACCGGAAGGAAGGAAACGUCCGCUAAUUAAUCGGAAAUUUUAACUUGAAAACCGGAAAUUUUAACUUCAAAACCGGAAAUGUUAACUUGAAAACCGGAAAUGUUAACUUGAAAAUCGGAAAUUUUAACUUGAAAACCAGAAAUUUUAACUUGAAAACCGGAUUAUACUAAGUUGGAAUUGCUAAUGUGAGUUCUGUUUGGCGCUAUCAAGAUUCUACUCAUAAGUUUUCAUUGGGAAGAUGGCGGCAUGUGUCAAAUGUCAGUGUCAAGUUUAAGAGAGGUAUAGGUGAAGUCAAUUGUCAUCAGAAUGAUCUAGGAUUUAUGGGAUGUUCUCACGGAUAUUUCAAAAAGCAAUAUAUGGAGCGUCUUUUUAAACAAUUUUAUAUUAUUUAAAAAUAUAGUCUAUAUGACGACACUCAAAUCAAAUCAUUUAUUCCAAUUAGACCACCUUAAAUGGCACUUUUGAAUGUUAAAUAAAAUAUUAUAUAUUGCGUAUAUUUUGACGUUACAAAGAGUUCGUGAGGGAGAAGAAAAAUCUGUAUUCGUAAAUGUUUAUUUCAGACUUGUGAUUACAUAAAAACAAUUCCCAUUUGAAGAAUGCAAUAUUCUUAUAUAAUAUAUAUGUGUGUUAUUUUCGUGUGUAUUUCUUCGUGAAGUACAUACAAACAGUAAA